UCAUUCGAUGUAGAAUCAUGUUACGAAAAACGUUAAAAAAGCUAUGAAAAUGUCCAAGAAAAUAAAAGAAAAAAGGCACAUCGGUCAUCUGUCAAACAAGCCGGCAACCAUCUAAGGUCAUUGUAAGGUAAUGCAUUUUGCAUUGCGUUUGUAGGUUAUGUUUACAAAACGAAAAGGGUCGUUAUAAGCAAAUAACAAAAAUAUAUCGUUUCAUACUUAAAUAUUGCAAUGGAUGAACAACAACCGACUAAAAAAAUUAAACUAGAAGAUCCGGUUAGUACUGCUGACUCAAAUCAUGACAAUGAAGAAGAUUCCAAACCAGUUGUAAUCAAAAAGGAUAAAGACUCUAAUCGUUUAUGCCCCUAUUUGGAUACUAUUAAUAGGCAAUAUCUUGACUUUGAUUUUGAGAAACUAUGUUCUGUUUCAUUGACAAGAAUCAAUGUUUAUGCUUGUCUGGUUUGUGGCAAGUACUUUCAAGGGAGAGGCACAAAUACACAUGCAUACACUCAUUCAGUUGCUGAAAGUCAUCAUGUGUUCUUAAAUCUGCAUACAUUAAAGUUUUAUUGUUUACCUGACAAUUAUGAAAUUAUUGAUUCUUCUUUGGAUGAUAUAAAAUAUCUUCUGAAUCCAAUUUUUACUACAGAGCAAAUUCAUGCUAUGGAUAAUAGUACAAAGCUAUCUAGAGCAAUUGAUGGCACUUUAUAUAUUCCUGGCAUUGUUGGAUUGAACAAUAUCAAAGCUAAUGAUUAUUGCAAUGUUGUUUUACAAGCUCUUUCACAUGUAAAACCUCUUCGCGAUUAUUUUCUUAGAGAAGAAAACUACAACAAAGUAAAACGCCCGCCGGGAGACUCCACAUACCUUUUAGUAUCACGCUUUGGUGAACUUCAGCGCAAAUUAUGGAAUCCGCGCAACUUCAAAGUGCACGUCUCUCCGCACGAAAUGUUACAAGCGGUAGUGUUGUGGAGUCACAAAAAGUUUCAAUUCACCCAACAAGGUGAUCCCAUUGAUUUCUUGUCCUGGUUCCUAAACGAAUUGCAUCGUGCGCUCAACGGCACCAAAAAACGGAAAAGCAGUAUUAUCUUCAAAACCUUCCUGGGUUCAAUGAAGAUCUACAGUCGAAAGAUUCCACCGACGGAUUUGGACGAGAAACAAAAGUGGCAGCUAAUGCAAACGCCAGAGUAUCAAGAACAGGAGCAAGAAUCGCCGUUUUUGUAUUUGACGUGUGACUUGCCUGCGCCUCCGCUUUUCAUCGAUGAACUUCGUGAGAAUAUUAUUCCUCAAGUCAACUUGUAUCAGUUGCUGAUGAAGUUCAAUGGACAAAGUGAGAAAGAAUGCAAGACCUACAAAGAGAACUUUAUGCGGCGAUACGAAAUAACGCAAUUGCCGCCAUUUUUGAUACUCUACAUUAAGAGGUUUACGAAAAACACGUUUUUCGUCGAGAAGAAUCCGACUAUUGUCAACUUCCCUGUAAAGAAUGUUGAUUUCGGUGAAUUUUUAACGCCUGAAAAUCGCGCGAAACACAAACGAACCAUCUACGAUCUUGUUGCCAAUAUCGUGCAUGACGGCGAACCCACUAAAGGCACGUAUCGUGUUCAUAUUCUUCAAAAGAGCACAGGAAAAUGGUACGAGAUGCAAGACUUGCACGUCAUCGACAUUCUCCCGCAGAUGAUUACACUGACAGAGGCGUACAUUCAAAUCUACGAACUGCGUGCAUAACAUCGAGACAAGUCAUAUUGAAUUCAAAUGUUUGUAACACAACUUUAUAAAAAUAUCAUAAACUAUAUGGACUUCUUCA